AUACUUCUUUUUUUCAUUCCUUCAGUUUAGUUCCAUGGCUUCUCUUUACCUUUUUUCUCCAACUUCCCCAUUUCUUCCUACUUUUCUUGAUUUAGUAUUCUUUCUCAUGGUCUUUUGAGCUGUUUGGCCAAAUCCCAUUUAUAUUUCAGAGCCAGCUGGUGAGUGGUGGUCAAUAAAAUCUUUAUCAGUGUGCAUACAAGUGAAAUAAUUAAUUCUUGAUUACAUAAAAUAGAAGCAGUUUUCAAAAAUCUUAAGUUUUAGGUAUUGAUGGAAAAUUAUUCCGGACUUGUUAAGGAGGAUGAUCAACAGAUGGAAUUACCUCCUGGAUUUCGAUUUCAUCCAACUGAUGAAGAAUUGAUUACUCAUUAUUUGUCUAACAAAGUUGUGGAUAGCAAUUUCUUUGCUAUUGCUAUUGGAGAAGUAGAUUUGAACAAGUUUGAACCUUGGGACCUCCCAUGGAAGGCAAAAAUGGGGGAAAAAGAAUGGUAUUUUUUCUGUGUGAGAGACAAGAAGUACCCAACAGGGCUGAGGACAAACAGGGCAACAGCUGCAGGUUAUUGGAAAGCAACUGGAAAAGACAGGGAGAUUUUCAGAGGAAAAUCUCUAGUUGGGAUGAAGAAAACUCUGGUUUUCUACAAAGGGAGAGCUCCAAAAGGUGAAAAGACAAAUUGGGUCAUUCAUGAAUAUAGACUUGAGGGAAGAUUGUCUCUUCAAAAUCUGCCCAAAACAGCAAAGAAUGAAUGGGUCAUUUGCAGAGUAUUUCAAAAGAGCUGUGGUGGGAAGAAAAUCCAUAUUUCAGGCCUAGUGAAGCUGAAUUCUGAUGAAAAUGAAAUGGCGAAUAGUAAUUGUCUGCCACCAUUGACAGAUUCUUCCCCUUAUACUAGCAAGAUCAAGCCUUCUGCUUCCCAAUCUAGCCACGUGCACUGCUUCUCCAAUUUUUUUACUGCUCAAAAGAGCCAAGAAAACUUGAUCAAUUGUUUCAACAAUUCUCCUAAUUUCUCUGCUCUCUCAAAUCCAAUGAAUAAUAUUCCCAUAAAUACAUUUUCUUGUAACCAAAUAGUCCCAGUUCAGAGCAGCUUCCAAAGUCAAGUUUCAUUUGGCAUGCAAAAUCCUACAAUUCUUAAGACUUUACUUGAGAAUUAUACUCAGAAUUUUAAGAAAGAGGAAAUAGUUAGUUUAUCUCAAGAAACAAAGCUAAGCACUGACAUGAAUAAUGAAAUUUCCUCAAUUGUGUCAAAUCUUGAAAUGGGAAGAAGAUUACUUGAAGAUCAGAGCCUUGACUGCCUCUGGGGUUGCUGAAAUAAGCAAAAAUCAGAAGAAAGAGCAGAGAAGAGUCAGCACUAGUAGUAGUUAUUAUGGUGUGGAAUUAAUUGUAUGUGCAUGGAUUUCUGAUUUCUUAAGUUGCAUUGAAGGCCGAUGUCCAAAAUCCAAAUCAUAUCGAUACAAAAGGCUGAACUGAUAAUGUAAAAAUUUCUUUAUACGGGCUUGAAUCCGUCGCACGAAAACAAUGUUAUAUUUUGAUUUUUUUAUUUUUAUUUUAUAUUUUCUUGUUGCUUAUCUAGGGCUACUUAAUAUGGUGAUGUUGAAGUUAUGAAUUUAGUACUGAAUGUUAUAAGCAUGAGAUUGUGGGAGAUCAGGUUGGUGAGUUUGUGAUA